AGAUCAGGCAGACAACUGGCUCUCUGGCCAGCAAAGUGGUGCUGCCCUGUCGCUUCUCCAUGAUGUCAGAUGCUCCCAACAGCCCCACAGACACACCAGCACUUGCACCUGCUGACAGUCUGAGUCCCAAUGAGCUGCUCAGAAUCAAGUGGGUGAAGGUGGAGAAUUGGGAGAAGCCGGAAGAGUCGCAAGAGACGGUGGUGCUGGUGUCCCAUGAUGGGAUGGUGAAGGUGGGACUGGGCUUCAUGGGCAGGGUGUCUGUACCCUACUACCCACUGGCGACUGGAGAUGCUUCUCUGAUCAUUGGGAGGGUCAGGGCGAGUGACGCAGGGCUGUACCGCUGCGAGGUGACGCAUGGGAUAGAGGACACCCAGGAUACCAUCAGCCUCAGUGUCUCUGGCGUGGUGUUCCACUACAGAGCCAAAAGCAGCCGGUACUCCCUGGACUUCCUUGCAGCCUCUGAGGCGUGUCGCUCUGUGGAUGCUGCCAUCGCCACACCUGAUCAGCUGACUGCUGCUUUCGAGGACGGCUUGGACCAAUGUGAUGCAGGCUGGCUCGCUGACCAGACAGUCAGAUAUCCGAUCACUGUUCCUCGUCCAGGCUGUGCAGGUGAUUUGUUACAAAGACCUGGUGUCAGGACGUACGGCCUCCGGGACCCCGCUGAGAAAUAUGAUGUGUACUGCUUUGUGGAUAAACUAAACGGUGAGGUUUUCUAUCCUCCCUCUCUCGAUGAUAAGCUCACCUGGCAGCAGGCGAAGGAGGAGUGUGAGAAACACGAUGCUGUGUUGGCGUCGCCCGGUCAGCUGUUUGCAGCCUGGAGGGCAGGGCUGAACCGCUGCGACUACGGCUGGCUGGCUGAUGGUAGUGUCCGGUUCCCCAUCACCGUCUCUUUGCCUCAGUGUGGAGGAGGCAUGCUGGGGGUCCAUACGCUCUACAAGUACCAAAACCAAACUGGAUACCCCGACCCAACGAACACAUAUGGGGCUUUCUGUUUUAAAGUGCCUUCAAAAUGUGCUGUCAAUGUAUGUCAGAAUGGAGGUUCCUGCUACAAAAAUGGAUCCCAAAGCAUCUGUGUUUGUGCUCCUGGAGUUUCUGGACAACACUGUGAAACAGAUGUUGAUAAAUGCCACUCUAAUCCGUGUCUCAAUGGAGCCACUUGUCAAGAUGGGGUCAACUCCUUCACCUGCCUCUGUCUGCCCAGUUACACAGGACAGCUCUGUGAACAAGACACGGAGGUGUGUGGAUUUGGCUGGGGCAAGUUUCAGUCUCAUUGCUACAAGUACUUCACACACCGUCGGACCUGGGACGCCGCUGAGAGGGAGUGUCGGUUCCACGGCGCCCACCUGGUCAGCAUCCUGUCCCAGGAGGAGCAGAUCUUUGUCAACCGUCUGGGCAACGAUUAUCAAUGGAUCGGUCUGAACGACAAGAUGUAUGAAAGAGACUUCAGGUGGACUGACGGCAGCCCAUCGCAAUACGAUCACUGGAGGCCGAACCAGCCGGACAGCUUCUUCCAGUCUGGAGAGGACUGUGUGGUGAUGAUCUGGCACGAGGGGGGGCAGUGGAACGAUGUGCCCUGCAACUAUCACCUGACCUUCACUUGCAAAAAGGGGACAGUGUCAUGUGGCCAGCCCCCUGUAGUGAAGCAUACGAAGGUGUUUGGUGUCAAGAGGCCACGCUAUGAGAUCAACGCCCUGGUUCGCUAUCACUGUAAACAGGGUUUCAUCCAGAGACACAGCCCGAUCAUACGCUGCCAGUCCAACGGCCUAUGGGAUGAGCCCAAAGUCACCUGCAUUAGCCCUGCAACGUUCCACGAGUCACUUGUUCGCCGAUGCAACAUUCAGAAAGAGCAGCAAACCAGGCACCGCACCCACCACACCAAAAGUCACGAGAGGCACAACCAAAACCAAGAGCAUGAGCAGAGUAACAACUUGCUGCAGCAUAUCUGGAACCCUUUCGAGAACCAAAUCAGGCAGGCGCACCAAAAGAAUUGGAAGCUGCAGAUCAAUGAACACAACCAGGAGUAGACAGGCCAUGAUGUCUGAGAUGGUUUGAAAUCAGAUUUGUGGAAAGAGCUAAUUACUGUAGGCUGGCCUCCUUAUCCAGAGGCAUCGACAGACAGAAAUAGUGUUUUGUUUUUAUACAUCCAGCUGUCUGUCCAUGACUCUU